ACACACAGCUGACUAAAGCGACUGGGAAGAGCCGGGAAACACUUACUUUGCUUGUAACAAUGAAGAAAAGAACUUUAUGCAGGAGAACUGUUUGCCUGAAGCUGCUUUGUGUUGCACUGAUUGUCACGGGGGUUCUAUUCACCACUUUACAGAUUCUGGAUGUCAGUACAGAAGAGAGGAGGAAUGAGCAAAGGAAUCCCCCUAUGACCCAGUGUGUGCCCAUUCUGCGCCCUACACCUGCGAGCCGGGGAGAACAUUAUAACAAUGAGAAUAAAGAAAGGGAAAACAGCUCCUGCAAGGCCAUCACUAACAUAUUUUUUCUAAAAACCCACAAGACUGCCAGCAGCACCAUCAUGAACAUACUAUUGCGCUAUGGAGAAUUUCACAACCUGACCUUCGCCUUGCCCUUAUACAACAACUCGCAGUUCUUAUAUCCAAAAUAUUUCUCUGCCUCUUUUGUGGAUGGAUUCUCAGCACGCAGCAAGGACACUUAUCAUAUUAUGUGUCACCACAUGAGGUUCCUACUCACCGAGGUAGAAAAGGUGGUGCCCGCUAAUACAUUUUAUUUCACCAUUUUACGGAAUCCAGUGUCUCUCAUGGAAUCGUCCUUCUCCUAUUACAAAUCUACAGACUCGUUCAUUCGAGCCAAAAGCCUAGAAGACUUCCUCAGCAAAACUUCUUAUUACUACAGAGGCAACAGCCAUGCCAGGAAUAUUAUGACUUUUGACCUGGGUUUCAAUCACAAUGGGAAAGAAUCCCCAAAGCACUUUCGGCUGACUGGGAAAAUGGUGGAAGCCACCUACGACCUGGUGUUGAUCACUGAGUACUUUGAUGAGUCUUUGGUGCUGCUAAAAGAUGCCUUGUGCUGGACAUUUGAUGACGUGCUUUCAUUUCCCCUUAACACCAGGACUAACAGUACAAAACUAACUAUUUCUCAAGAAACACAAGAAAAGAUAAAGAGCUGGAACCAGCUGGACUGGCAACUGUACGUUUACUUCAACAAUUCCUUCUGGGAGCGAGUGGAGAAGUUUGGAAAGGAACGAAUGCAGCGUGAGAUAGAAGAGCUCCGGAAGAGAAGGGACCAAAUGUCUAAAUUAUGCCUGCAGAAUACAGCAGUGGCAAGCAAAAUCCGGGACAAAUCUUUAAUACCAUACCAGUCUGGCAAAGCAAUAAUUCUCGGCUAUAACCUGAAGUCUGGGUUGGGAAAGGCUGAGCAGCUCCUGUGCCAGCGACUGGUGACCCCGGAAAUACAGUACACAAAUUUAUUGUGGGCAAAGCAGAGGAAAUCUAAAUUCAGUUCAAUAAAAUCAUGGAUAAUUGGAGUCAGAAGGCCAAAGUAAAACAUAUAUAUGUGAAUAUUUAUUAUUAUUAUUAUUAUUAUUAUUAUUGUAAUCAAUGCUAAAUUGCAGGAAGCUAACCUGAGCACCUGGCUCCUGACCAUAUCUUUCCACAGGAACUGGCCAAUAACAGCAAUGCAGCGCACAGUGCCUGCUGAGAAUUUCGGUAAAAUGUACUUCUUGUGCCAGUGCUGGUUGUAGGGUAGGGCCCCAGGAUCAGAGGGGGAGAUUUAGAGAUUUAAAGUAAAAAGAGCAUAUUGUACUGGGUAACAAUUGUUAGAUAACUUAAUUUAUAUAGUCUUAUAGGAAUGCUUGGAAUUAUUUUCAAUAAGGUUCACAAUUUGUCCGAAUCCCAGCCUUUUUCUAGUUCAUCCAAAUCUAAAGUGUACAGCCAAACCGAAUCAUGUGUCUUGUGGCUUUAAACUCUGGAUAACUAAACACAUAUCUGAGUAUAAAAAUUAGGUUUGGAUAAGUGGCGUACCUACAGCGCGCAAGACCUAGCUAGCAAGACUAGCAGGACUAGCACUUGAAAAGAAGGUGUAACCAUUACUCCCCUGUAAAGAAGCUCCACUGAGGAGCACACUGUCAAAUAGGCAUUGUUGGCCUGGUCCACCUAUGGCCUAUUAUCACAAUAAUUUGAUGUAGACAGUGUUAAAUGUCCCAUGUGUCAUAUAGGCCUAUUGAGGAAAUAGGGAAGAGCUGACAGCAAUUGGCCUUGUCUUGGACCCACUAGGACCAGGGUCCUGCAGGCCAGUCAUACCCUGAAAAUAAGAAAACAGCAGCAACAGUUGUGGGCCCUAGGCAACAUAGGCCACUUCUGCUUAUCCCUAGUUCCGGCCCUGAGCAGCAGCACAAGCACGCACAGAAGCACUCAUUUUUCUUUUAGACCCAUUUUGCAAGAGCAGAAAGUAACUUUUCCAUUACCAUCCCACUUUCCAUAGCAGCCAGGUUUGAGUGGCAGACUGGAAGUCUACUUAGCCUGAUUAAAAUAGAUGAAUAAUAAUAAAAUUCAACCUUCAGGAAUAUUCUUCUUUCUAGUGGCUGAGGGCUGCCAGCAGAAAUCCCACGGCCCAUACAACUAUAUAUUUGAGUCUUCCUGUGGCCAAUGCAGCGGAGUCUUGUAGGCAGCAUAAGAGGCCAGUUAUUGUCAGGAUAAGCCCAAAGGGCAUCUUUAAGAUAUGUUGCUGGCUGGGUGUCAUGAGUAGAACUGUCAGCACUGGGGGUCAUUUGGAGUUGUUGAACUUGAUGGACUUUUGUCUUUAUCAACCCAAACGAACAGUAUAAUUAUGUACCCAUCAUGCCCCCUGGCUGGAGAGAGUCAUAACAGAAAGGCAUAAUGUUCAUUCUGUUGUUCUCAAAAUGAAGACCAAUUGCAAAUA